UUUACGAGAAGCAACUGCUUUUGGGGAAGAGUGGACUUUGCCCCUAAUCGCCUGCGAGCAAGACCUGGUUCUCUUAUCGUGAAGAAGAGGAAGACCCAAAUCAUGCCCUUGCCUGAUAAAUCCAUAUAUCAACGAUGCUCCUCCUCCUCCUCUUCUCGUGUUUGAUACCUCACGCAACAUCUCCGAUCGUGAAUUGGUUCGCUCGUUUUCUCCGGCGGUAAAUUUCCGUAAUCGCUCUCUGCGUUUCGACUCGGGUUUUGAAUAUUAAAGAUGGAACCGAUGGAUAUUGUUGGUAAAUCAAAAGAGGAUGCGUCGCUUCCUAAAGCAACUAUGACUAAAAUUAUCAAAGAGAUGUUACCCCCAGACGUUCGUGUUGCAAGAGACGCUCAAGAUCUUUUGAUAGAGUGUUGUGUAGAAUUUAUAAACCUUGUAUCAUCAGAGUCCAAUGAAGUAUGCAGUAGAGAGGAGAAGCGGACGAUUGCACCUGAGCAUGUUCUCAAGGCCUUACAGGUUCUUGGAUUUGGAGAGUACAUCGAGGAGGUUUAUACUGCAUAUGAGCAACACAAGAUUGAGACUAUGGACUCUUUAAGAGGUGGUAAAUGGAGCAAUGGGGCAGAGAUGACGGAGGAAGAAGCAGUGGCAGAGCAGCAAAGGAUGUUUGCCGAGGCACGUGCAAGAAUGAAUGGAGGAGCUAUCGCUCCAAAGCAACCAGAGAGUGACAGAAGUUUAGAAAGCUAAUUGUAGGUGCUUUUUUAAUUUAAUUUAAUUUAUUAAAAAGCAUAGGCAAGCAUCCAUGACAUUUUUCGUUUUGUGCUGUGACUGCCCUAUAUAGUCCUAUAUAGUGUACAAAAAGUCAUUUGACCAAGUGCAUUAGCAUGUGGAGAUGCACUUGGAAUUGUAGCUCAUCUUAUGGGAUGAUGUUUGUAACUUAAUGUAAUUAGUGCAAGUUGGUCCAAAUCCUCAUCUGUUUCUUCA